UUUUUUUUUUUUAAUAAGCAGGGCAGAGGAAAAGAUUUUCAUAGAAAAAGAGAAGGAAUGCAGCCUAAUGCUGACUGGACAGUUAGCCUCGAGAAAAAAAAAAUGCUUUCAAAAAUGUAUUUGAGUCUCAAUGUUUUAGUCAGUUUUACCUGCAACUUCCAAAUAUCCUAUUUGCGGAUUCUUGGAGAGUUUUUCAUUUUUGCCUGAAACUAGCCAUAUUCUCCAGCUCUUGAGAUUGUAAGUACAACUUUAGAAUAAAGAUGGGAAAGGAAUGAUAAUUCUCUUAUCAUUCAAUUUCACAUUUUAACUGCUUAUGGCUGUUUGUACAUAAAAGGCACAUACUGUAAACUUAGGCAUUCAUAACUAAGCCUAUUACUGUUCUUAAUAGUAUCGUAAAAAACAGAUGGCAUCAAAAUAUCUCUAGUAUAGUCUGUCCUCAUUGAUGUAAAAAUUGAAGAUAGUGUUUUUAAGCUAAGUGUAUAGAUGAAGGUCCCAUUCGUUGCUUUUAGAGUCUAUAAUUCAACAUUUCCAUCACAGUGAAACAAGAUUUACAACUUAACUUACUUUCAAGCAACAACACCAACAUUUAAGGAGGUGCUGUGGGACAGGCCAGGGCAGGUACUGAAGGUGGAACUGGAGGAGGCUUUAUGAAAGAUGGUUAGCAGCCACACAACUCCAUUCCACACCAGCCUGUUUAAAGACGUAUAAAACCCUGUAUAAUGAAAACUGUUCACUGACAGUGAACCCAUGGAGGGUUGGAUUGGUCACCAAUUGAUGCCUCUAAUGGAAGAAGUAUAUAUGUAUGCAUAUGUAUACAUAUGCAUAUGUAGCAUAUAUGAAUAUGGAUGUUUUUAAUUGGAUAUGAUACAGGCUGCGGGAGACAAAGUAAAAUUUCUGUUUCUGCUUUUUGCUGUGCCACUGCUGUUAGUAUUCUUGCCAGCAUUAGUUUUCAGAAUUUAUUUGCUAGCAUUUACAUAUUAAUCUUGCAAAACUGCAAUGAUACAUUAGUUUCUUGCAUUGUAAUCAGAUGAAAUACAUGGGUUAAUAAAAAUGUGUGUGGAGAGUAUGGUUUCACAUGGAACAUAGCAGAGAAUAUAUUAAACCAUAAACUUUUUUUUUUGUAAAAUUGAAGCAAAAGUUUGCCUCGACUUUUGGAGCAGCUGAUAACUUGCUAAAUUUGGUUGAAAAGUCAAAACGUUUUUCCAGCCAAUUAGCUAACAUACUGUAUGACCCCGUAUGCAAGCUAGUCAUAUUGUAUGAGGGCUGGUCUGGGCUCCUGAACUGGAGUUUCAAGUUACAAGAAAAAAAACAUAGACAUGAAGUUAUAAAGAAAUUUAUUACAGAAAGUCUGCCAGGAGGUUUUGUUCGAUUUGCAUCAGCUUUCCGUACUGUAUAUGCAAAGGACAUUCAAAGUGCUUGUAUAUCACAACCAUAUUCUCCAACAAUAAGGGCCUGUGGUUGAUGUUUCCAGCCUUGCCAUAUUAGAAGCACCAGUACCCUCAGCACUCACUGUUUACUGUUUCCAGUGUACAGACAGUGGCUGCACCUUUUCAUGGUCUCAUUCUCUAUUCACGCUACCAGCAGCUACAAGAACAAGUACACCAUGGGGCUCGAAUGUGCAGAGAUACAAAGCGUGCUGGAGAGGUACUAUCUGUCACCGUUGUAUGCCAUUGAGUUCUGCAUUGGUUUACCUGGCAACCUUUUGGUUGUUCUUGGUUAUAUAUUUUGUUUGACAAAUUGGCAGAGCUACAAUAUUUACCUCUUCAGCCUGGCAGUCUCUGACCUUAUUUUCCUUUGCACACUGCCACGCCUCUCCUACCUAUAUGCAAAUCACCAAUCAGAAACAAGUCCUUAUGCUUGUGUUAUCAAUCGCUAUGUGUUGCAUGUCAAUCUAUACUCUUCGAUCCUCUUUAUGGUUUGGCUUUGCAUGGACCGCUUCCUGCUCAUAAAACAUCCGACACGGAACCACUACCUGCUGAAGCCACGGACAGCCCUGAUUGUAACAUUGCUGAGCUGGCUGGCGGUCAAUGUGGAAAUUGCUCCAAUGAUAGCACUCAUGGUUAAUGACCUGCAGAGUGGAAACUGGAGUCAUUGCAAGGAUUUUGCCAACCUACAAGGAAAUUUGGAUGAUUUAGGCUAUAGCCUGGGGCUAACCUUGACUGGUUAUAUUCUUCCUCUGCUUGCACUUUGUUAUUUCUCCUACCAAAUUUCACAUCUGCUCCAUGUCCAAGAAAGAGCUCUACAGCGCAGGACAAUGUCAUACAAGCGACCUCUCAGGGUUGUUGCAUCAGCUGCAGCCAUGUUUCUGGCGCUCUACACUCCCUACCAUGUGCUGAGAAAUAUCACAAUAGCAUCUCGGCACGCCUGGGCAGGAAUGCAGUGUACAGGGAUGUACAUACAGGGCCUGUACAUCUUGACCCGACCGUUGGCCUUCUUGCACAGUGUCAUCAACCCUGUCUUCUACUUUGUCAUGGGUGACAAGUUCAGAGAGCUCCUGUCCAUUAAGCUCAGAAAGCUGGUCAGAAAGAAAGAGCAGUUAAGACAACCACCCAUACAAAAUUCGACACAAGAUCACUGCAUAUCCUUGCACGAACAGAGACACGUAUCAACAUAGUGCACCCCCACAUGUGAAUCAGCUCUGUCUUUACAUACUGUAUUUUGUUAAAGAUUUGUUGAUAUGCUUUCCUUAAUUUUGCUGUGAUUAAUUAUUUAAUAUAUUUCUUGAUAUAAUUGUCAUCCAUUAAGAUAUUGUCAAACUGUCAUAUUUGGUAUUUGCAGAACAUAUUUGUCAGGCCUACUAAUGAUGUGAUUAUUUUGUUGUAUUGACCACACAUAUUAUUAUUUACUAUAAAUGAUUAAAAAAAACCAUAUCCAUAAAGUUACAUUUGAUGUUGACAAAGUUACUAAACUAAAAGAAUGCGUAUGCAUAGAGGUUGCUGUUUCUAUUUGUAUUUCUUCUGU